UUUAACAUCCUUACCACCGCAUGUAAACAACGGACUCCGACACGAAAGAAAGUGAAUGGUCUACAGACAUGCCGCUGUUGCCGAACUUUGAAUGGGAUGUGCCAUCAUGACGUAGUCUACAAAAAUGGGAUGACCUGAAGAAGAAGAAAGUUUUUCUGUCUGCUGUUAUGCAUGCACAUCGAUUUUACAUCGAGCCAUGAACAGGUUCACACACGCGAAAAUUCAAAAGGAAAAAGUCAGGAAACUUUGUUAUGUUGUGAACUUUUGCAGAUUUGAAAAUCAGUUUUUGACAGAAAUGUGAUUUAAAAUUCAUUUUUCCCGUGAGUUCUGAAUUUACAAUAACGAUGGAUAGGAAUUUCUUGGUGCUGUGUGUGAUGCUGGUGUUUACAUCACUGAUUGGGGGUUCAAAUCCACAGUCGACAAGUGGUUCCACAACGGGUGAGAAUGUACUAACCUUAGCAACCACAGGAAGUGUAACCAUGGAAACUAACAUAGUGUCUAAUAUAUUAUCAGAACCUAGUGUAGUGUCUACAGUGACCUUAGAAACUAACAAAGAGACAAAUCAAAUGUCUGACUCUAAUAUGGCAUCAACACCAGCAUUGGAAACCAGCUCAAUGACUUUAUCAUCAUUGCAAAGUAGUAUAGUUUCCCAUGUAAUCUCCUCAUCCACGAUUGCAAGUGCUAUUUCCAUAGAUACUAACACAGUGACUAGAACUGCCCUUGAGAAUCCUAGCAUAUCAUUGAUUGAACCAACAAACAGCUAUUCAACUCAAUCAGUUCUUCCAACCUUACAGACAGAGCAAGCAUCCUUAACAAGUGAACAAGGACAAUCAGUUGUUACCUCAACAAGUUCAUCAGUGCCAAUUCAACCAAGUACUGCUACCUUGCCUCUAUCCAGUUCUGAAAUUAGUCAGCAAUUUUCUCCCAGUCAUAUUUCCCAAUCAUCAUCUAACAGUGAGACUUUUGGUCAGAUGUUGUCAAGUGAUCUGAGUGGAACAGCGUCCACUUUACUGGCCGAGUCCACAGUGCUCACAACUUCAUUGAAUGAAGUAUUGUCUUCUGCAACCCAUGUUACUUUGGCAACUUCUUUCAUGCAGUCUUUAGAAACAACUUCUAUAACGUCACUGUCAGUGACACCACAAAUAACAGUAAUGUCUGGAACAACUCAGUUAACAACAUUACCUUUGUCCUCAUCUUUAAUAUCCACUUCAUCAGAUACUGGAGUUAGCAUAGUGUCCACAGAUUCCAACUUGGCUACAUCAUAUGAGUCAGCUUAUUCAAAUGUGUCACCAACUUCAAACCCAGCAGCAAUAAUUUCAACAGCAGAAUUAGGAAUCACCAGCUCCAUUUUGCAGAGACCCCUACCUUCCCCAUCUUCAGUGAUGUCCUCAACAGUACUUCCAUUACAGGAAACCACCUCUGCGAAUGCUGUAGCAUCUUCAAACAUACCAAGUACUGACAUUGCAACUUCCACAUCAGUGACAUUGUCCCCAGUCUCUUUGACAAGUUCAGAAUUAUUGUCCUCUUCAGCAAUGAAAACAUCUUCAGAGUCAUCCUCAGUGUCCUCACUGAUGUCUUCGAUGCGCCAGUCAGCAUAUUCAGCAGAUUUGACAAUGUCUUCAAUGGUGACACCAUCUGUAGACAUGACUGUGGGAUCCAUAACAAUGUUCAGAUUCCUUGACAACAACCUCAAUAUUAUCAUCACCAUCCUUGACAACAGUCCCAAUGUUGUCAUCACCAUCCAUAACAACAACCUUAGUUUUAGAUUUAACAUCCUUAACAACAUCACCAUCUAUGACAACAUCCUUGAAUUCAGCAUUCUUAACAACAGCAUCACCAUCAUUGACAACAACAUCAGUGUUAAUUUCAACAUCAUUAACAACUGCCUCAAUGGUAACAUCAUUGUCCUUGACUACAGACCUAAAGGUAUCCUCAUUAAAUCCAACAACAUCUCAAAUUCUGCAGCUUCAACUUUGAUGCCCAGUUCAUACAUGGAAUCACUCAGCAACACAAGUAUUAAUCCAAGUUCUAUGGUUUCAACAACAUCAGUAACAACAUCCCAAAGUGUGAUAACACCUAGUCAAGAUAAUUCUAAUAUUUUGUCUUCAUCAGCAGAUUCAUCUUUAACAUCAUUGAUGCCAUCGCAAACAUCGUCAACCAUUCUAAUGAGUUUAAUUAGCUCUGAUUUUAAUAGCAGAGUGUCUAGUGACCUGGGUGUUGUGACAACCUCACAACCAUUAGAGACUAGUGUUAGUGAAGUGUUUAGUGCUAGUAGAAGUGUGAGUGUUAACCCAACACCAAGUUUAUCCACAGGUUCUGCAACUGAUUCUUUGUUGAUUUCCUUGUUUGAAAACUCAUCAACGAUUUUACCUACUGAAAGUGGUAAUUUAACACCUACCACUAACACAGAUUCAACCUCCAGCCUUUCCUUUACCAGUGGAUUGUUAUCACAGACAUCAUUUAUAAGUUCCUCAACAAGUGGAUCCCCAACAUUAUCAACUGGUUUUGUGACUUCAGCUGAAUCUAUAACCAGUGCAACUAAUGGUUCUCUUUCACCAUCAAGUGAGUUUGUUUCAAAAUCCUUCUUUUCAGGAUCAUCAGGUUCAGAUGUAUUCACCACUCCUGCUACAGCAUCUUCUACCAUGCUCUUGCAAACCAUUUCUAGCACAUUUGGUUAUUCGGCAAAUGCAACUUCUACACCAACCACAGUGCAAACCAGUUCCAUGAUGGAUGCACUUAGCACCAUGAUACAUUCCAGUUGGCCAGCAAAUAAUUCCACAACACAGUCUCUUUCCUCUCAGCCGAUAACCACAACUCAAAUUUACACACCAAGUACAGUAUCAUUGGAGAAUUCAGUGAUUACAUCACAAGCAAUGUUUGAAAGCUUUAACAUCACUAGCUCUGAUAGCUCUAUUUUGACAACUCCAGUUAUCAACUUGACAUCAACACCUGUUGGAAUGACAGACAGUUUUGUUGUCCAAACAACUGACGGUUCAAUAGUGACUACUCCUAUUAUCAACUUUACCAUAUCUUCAAGUGAAACGAUCUUCAGUACAGGUACUCCAACCAGUGAAAUAACACUAACAACAAAGAAUAUUACUUCACCAGUUGAAGUGUCUUCUGCACUUUUAACAUCACUACAAAAUGACACUGAAACUACAAGCGUGAUAGGGACCACUGUACUAUUUUCAUCAGUGAUGGCAAAUUUCUCAACACCUGUGAUUUCCGAAUUUUCAUCAUUGGUGUCAAACUUCUCUUCAUUCAUUGAACAGGCCACAGUUUCAUCAUUUCCGAUUUCUUCAACUUUGGCAUCACAAACAGAUUUUGCAACAACAACAUACAGUUCUGUAAAUGUAACUAUGGUUGACCAGACAUCAGUGUUACCAACUGUAAAUAUAUCUUCAACUUCUGCCAUUUAUUCAACAGAAUCUUUAUUGCCAGGAAUGGAAAAUGCUUCAACUUGGACAAAUUUUCCAUCAACAGACAUCAUUUCAUUAUCAACGCAGAUAAUUUCAACUGGAAACCUUUCAGAAACAAUAAUAACAACAACACCGCUUAUGAGUAGCUCGUUUAAUGCUAGUUUGCUAGAAAUGACAUCUUCAAUGAGCUUUGCUACAGAUUUGGAGAAUAACACAGUGAGCAUGAUAUCCAGCAUGUUCUCUUCAGACCUGGUAACCAAUCAAUCUGUUUCUGUAUCUUUACCAGCAAAUGCGAGCAGUGUUUCUCUUUCAACCGUGUCAGUACCAACCACGAGUGAACAGUCCACUGUGAUGCCUUCUUUAUCAGGAUCUUUGCAGUCUUCUGUGGCAUCAUGGAGCAGCCAAGGUAGUGAUCUGUUGUUGUCCACAUCAGUGCAUGAAUAUAACACCACAACAGUUAUGAUAGAAGGAAACCAAACACUCCAAACAACAACUGAAUUAGUGUCACCAACUGUCGUGUCAAACUUUUCAAGUUCUUUAUCAACCUCACAAUCAAUUGCAUCUGUAGUUUCAACAGAACUUAAUAUAUCUAGUACACCAGCAACCACUUAUAUAGAGCAAUUAGUUACUACAAGCAUGCCAAAUUCUACUGCAAAUAGUUCGUUGAUAACCUCUGUGAUUAUGUCUUCAAUGGUGGAUAGUGAAAGCUCAUCCACAUCUCUGAACUUGAAUAUAUCCACAGUAUCUUCACCAGUACUAACAAUGUCGACAAUGACUGCACCUAUAUCAAGUAUGUCAGCGUAUUCUUCUUUGUUAAGUGAAUUACUAACAAGCACAGACAUUUUGAGCACACCAGUCACAUCUGUGGUGGAGACACUCAGCACGAAUGGCCUGCCACCAGUGUUAUCUAGCUCGGUCAUGGAUGAAUCUUCUUCACCAUUGAUAACAAGUGUAUCUUCCAUUUCCACUGAAGUACAAAGUUCAAUCCCACAGACUACCAAUAUAAUCAGCUCAGAAACUUCUAGCAUCACUUCAAUACUAACAACACCAUCUAUAUCAAUAAGUUCAGAGGGAUUAACAACUGAUGCCUCAACAGUUAUUUUGUCUUCAGCUCUUCCAAGUUCAACUCCAGACUUGUCAACAAACAUUCAGAGUACUCUUACUGCUAUUCCAGAUACUAAGACAACUACAUUAUUUUCAUCAGUUCCUGUAACUACUGAAAUACCAGUCAGUUCUGUAGUGGAAGCAUCAAGUUCCACACAGAUUGCGCAGCUAUCUUCAUCCGUACAAGAAGUAACUUCUGUAACACCAUCUUCAGAAAUCAGUCCCACCCUAUCUUCCUCCAAUGUCACAAGCAGUCCUGCAUCAACAGAACCAAGUUUAGAAACUUCAUUAUUAACCCCUAGCAUGUCCUCAUCACUAUCCUCAACAAGUCAGAUAGUGACAGCAGCAGUAACAAGUCUCUCUAUGGAAAGUUCAAGUAUAAUGCCAUCACCAGCUUCAAGUUCUCUACCUGUUUCAACAGUGUUGCAGAGUAGUUCUGUUGAAGUUUCUACCUCUGAGACUGUGACAUCCAGCAUUUCUAGUGUUGUAUCAGCAGUAAGCAGCACAGUUACAACCCAGAACCCAAGUUCCUCUGUACUGGUGACAUCAACCAUCCCGGGGCCUUCAACAUCUGAAACAACAACAACAUCAGUCAUAGACUCAACACCAUCAACUGUUACUGACAACACGACAGAGAGUUCUGUGACGACAUCAUCAGUAGACAUAGAAACUACACCAUCAUCAGUACCUGGCAAUAACACAGAGAACUCAACCACAGCAGCAGUGUCCUCUUCUACAGUAACAACGACAACAACCUCAACAACUACAACAACAACAACGCCCAGGCCAACAACAACAACACCUACACCAACAAUAAGUGUCAAUGUUGUGAGAGUUUACUGGGUUGUUACAGUUUUGAAGGUACCCUUAUCUGUAGAUGUGAACAACCAGACAUUCAUUGCAUCCAUGGAACUGAAGUUAGCCACAGCCUAUGUAAUGGCCUUUGAGAGACAAAAACAGAUUGCAGAAGGGACGUUUGAACCACUGCGACGUAGAAGGGCAGCCCAGGUGCAGGACACUGUUGUAAAUAUAGUGAAUGCUACAAGAACACUAGGAACAGGAAACGUGACCUUUGUUUACAACAUUACAAAGAAUGGAACAGAAGUCCGCUCAGAGGAAGCUGUCAGGACGCUUGGGUUGCUCAGUGAUCAGGAAAUGGCCUUGACGCUCGGAUACGUGGUGGCAGAGAAAGCAAGCACUUAUUAUGGAAGGAACAGUGCUAGCUCUGUUCCUGAGGAGACCAGUAAUCUCUGGAUUGUGGGUGUGGCAGUCGCUGCUGUUGUCAUUGUCAUCAUAGUCAUCUGGGUAAUUUUCUGCUUCAUCAUUAAAAAGAGGGGCCCAGAGAGUGGAAAGGAUGGAGAGCCACCGCAUCUGUUAAGAAUGAAAGGUGGAAAUAAGAGUGAUGAAUCAGUGGAAAUGGUCCAAUCACCUAGCAACUCAACCCACAAUCUGAAAAAGAGGCAGUCAUAUGAAGUCACAAAAGAGGCAGAUUUGGAAGACCCUACAUAUGCUGUUGUCAAAAAACCAGGCAAAAAGAUGGAAGAUUCCACAGCUGGAGAUUCUGCUACAUUAGCUUCAGAUGACACAGGGCUUCUACCAUCUCCAAGUAAAAAGGGCCGACGUAAAAAGAAAAAGAAACCAGCUUCAGAAGAGUUUGAUAAUAUAGAGAAGGAAUCUUAUUUGGGUUCAUCAGCCCCACCCCAUCCGGUCCGGGAACCCAAGUCAUUGUCAGUGGAGGAUGAAACAGAGUAUCAGAGAAAAGUUGCAGAGGAAAGAAGGAAAAACAAGAAAAGAUUGAGAGAAAAGAGAAGGAGAGAGGGACAGAAAAAAGAAGACACUGAGGACAUGAUGAAGGAAUAUCUAGCUGUUCAGGAAGAAAUAGACAACGUACUUGAAGCCCCUCCACAAGAGGGGGAGAUUCCAGAGGUCUUCAAGAGCAGCACUUCAAAAGGUUCAAAGAAAAAGCGAAGGAGAAAAGGAGAUGGAGAAAAGAAUGAAGGCUAUGAGCCAGAGAACCUAACUGAUGCUAAGAAGAGGAUGCACAAGCUUUUGGAUGAUGCCUUUGCACUUAUAACUCCAAAACUUGAUGAAACUUCCUCAGAAGGUUCUGAGGACAAGCUUAGUUUACCGGACGAUAGACAUGCACCCCCUCCAGAACAAAGUUCUUGUUCUGUUAAGUCUCUCAGUUGGGGGCCCUCUCCAUCGGCUAGCCCUGGAAAUAAGUCCCCGGUGUCACUGUUCAGAGAGAGAAAUAAGGUUUUCCCUGAAGAAGAAAUUUCUCUUCCUUGGAAGAAUGAGGAAGAACAGACCCCAGAGAAGAAACAUGAACCAAUGUUCAUAAACCCCAGUUACCAGGGCUCCAGGCGGGAAGGGCUAACUACCUGGAGUCCAUACAGAGCCGCAGACGAGGUGACACUUAUCUCCAUGCCAAAAACUGUGUUGGUAAAACCCAUGAGGAGGGGUUCAGCCAAGGAAGUUCCUGAGGAUGAUAUGGAGAGAAAAAGUCAUCAUUCCAAGCGCCCCGCUGUGAACCUCCCUGACCCUGUGCCAAAGGCUUCCUAUACAACAGAGCCCCCCAAACCAAUCAUAUUGAGGAACUUCACCACAGAAAAGUCCUACUCAUCCAAACGCUCGUCAGACCCCAAACCCUACCUUCAAAAUGGGUUCGGUUCUCGUGAAGAGUCAGACAUUGACAAACUAAAAUCUAGCUCCAUUAGUCAAAAUGACUCAGGUAGAGUUAAGUCAGCCAAUGGGGAUCUAUCCCAGAAGCCACCAAUCCAGCAUCAGAAACCAUUUAAACGCACCCCUGAGGGGGAAGACAUGACAGACAUUGUGUCAAAGAACAUUCACUCAGGGGAAACCCCUGAAAAUACGAUAACUGCUGUAAGGAACGAGCUACAGAACAUUGUCCACCCCACAGUGGUGACCGUGAGUUCCGGGGGGUGGAUGGGCUCGUCUUCAGGGGGAAUGGCAGAUAUAGCAUGAGAGGGCACGGCUAGUACUAGAGUGCGUGACCAAGGUAGUAAACACCAUUCAUAUAACAUUGGUGGUAAAUAUCUUUACAGCAUCAAGGAUCAACAGAUAUGUGAUAUAUUGUCAGUAUUGGAAGCUUAAUUGAACGGAUCGUGUAAAAUUGUUUUCUUAAUUUAUCACUGUAUCAAUAGAAUAAGAUAAUCUUCUUUGAUAUAUUGUUUUAUUUCGAAUUGCAUAUUGUACAGUGGAAAACAUUCCUUUUACAUAUUUUGUAGAUUUGUUAUACAUGUAUUGUAUAACAAUUGUUACUGUUGUAAAUUAAACAUUGUAGUGAGGUGAUUGCGGAGGGGUGUACAUUGUUGAAUUCAUUUAGUAAUUUAAUCGUAUUUUACAUGAACUUACCACAAACUUUCAUGUAUUUUUUGUGAAAUGACUCGACAUUUCUUGACUGACAUAUCUCUUCUCAGAAAGAUCUGCAAGUGUUAUAUAUUAACUGUAUUCUUUCUAUCACAUUUUUACAAGUUUGCAUAACAUACUCUUAUUUUUGCAUUUAAUUAUACAUUUUAGUAAAUAUGACUUAAAAUUUUGCAAUUUACAUCUCUGUAUCGGGACACAUCUAUAAAAGGUACAGUGACUUGAUUUAUUCCUUCUUUCACGUUUUAACAAGUUUGCACUGAGAAGUACACUUAGUAUUGCAUUUCAUUUAUUUACAUUGAUUGGUUGUGGUGAGAAUACACACAGUUUUUUGAAUUGUUGUGAUUGUUGAAUGGUUAUUCUGUAGUGAGUAUAUGGGAGCAGUUAUACCUGAUUAUAAUUUGAACAGUCUGGGUGGUAAUGAAUAAUAUGCAUACCCACUCACAAAUCCUUAACCAGGUUCACAAUACAUGGAGAAUAGUUAGUAUGGUAUUCUAUUUAUUAUUAAAUCAGCAUAUUUUUUUAAUCUUUGUUAUGAAAAAGAAAGAGUUUUUCAUUUUCGUUUUGAUUAUAGAAGUUUUUGACAUUUCACAUGUACAAGUCCUUGUGCUCUGUUAGUAAAACAAUAUAUUAAAAGUUAUGGUUAUACGUGUACAGAAAGAUGCAUCCACAUCUAACAUGAUCUUGUGUUAAAAUUUCUACAAAGUGAGAAAAUGUAUGAGGAUAGAAUAAACAGACUUUUUAAAUUUUUUAUACUUUUUAAUUUGCUUUAAAUGUACAGAUAUAUUUUUUCAUUGAAGCAAAUAUAUGUAAAUUAAAGCUUAAUUCUGUUUAGUACAAAUGUCUAUUGAAAUAAUUGAAUUAAAUUAUGAUAUUUAUUAUAUUUAUAUAGAUUAUCUAUACAUCUAUCAAUAUUGUCAUUCCAAAAAGUGCAGUAGAAAACCGAUCAGAAACAUGAUAUUUUUCAAUGUAAAUCAACAUUCCAAUAUUUUACAAUCAGCCAAAUAUGGUUUUCAAUGAUAUUAUUCCCGGUAAAUGGGUUGUGAGUGCUGAGCUUAUGUGAUAUUUUUAUUGUUUUUUUAUCCUUGCACAUGAACAAAUGUUUUCUACUUAAUGACCAAUCUUCUAUAGUUAUUAUCUGAAUAAAUUAUUGACUAUUGUAGAAAA